CUCUCCGCUCAGGCGCUCGUAAAGGGAGAGAGAGAAGGAGGGGAGAGGGGGGGGAAAGGAAAAAAAAAAUCUGCUCCGUGUGUGGCGAGACGAGCGCGGCGGCGGCGGUGCAGGUGCUGUGUCUCAUCGGGGAUGCGGAUGGAAGGACGGGGGAGGGAAGAAGGGACGAAGGGAGGCGAGCGCGCCGGGGAGACGACACCGGAUACGAGAAGUCGCUAAAAAAAAAAAGGAGGAGAGAGAAGAGCUUGAUAAGGAGGCGCAAGGUCGAAUAUGAGCCAUCGUGGUCGAACGAACGGGGCACUUUGCGUGGCGAUAGCUGGCUGGCAAUAGUACUAUGAUUUGGUAUGUGGCCACUCUUAUAGCAAGUGUAUUCAGCACCAGAGGAACGGCCGCUCAAGGUGCCCACGGAGUGAGAGAGGAGCCCCGGUUUGUGACGGCGCGCGCCGGAGAGAGCGUGAUCCUGGGGUGCGACGUGUCCCCUCCCCUGGAUGGCCAGCAGCCCCCCUACGUGGUGGAGUGGUUCAAGUUCGGAGUGCCUAUUCCCUUCUUCAUCAACUUCCGCUUCUACCCUCCCCAUGUGGACCCAGAGUACACCGGUCGAGCCUCUCUGCACGGGAAGGCCUCCCUGCAGAUCGAGCCGGUGCGCCCGGAGGACCAGGGCUGGUACGAGUGCCGGGUCCUGAUGCUGGAGCAACAGUACGACACCUUCCACAACGGCAGCUGGGUGCACCUCACGGUCAAUGCGCCACCGACAUUUACAUCGACGCCGCCGCAGUAUGUGGAGGCCAAGGAAGGAGGCAGCAUCAUACUUAGCUGCUCCGCCCAGGGAAACCCCAAACCUGUAAUCAGCUGGCUGAGGGAAGGGGAGGAGCUUGCCACCAACACUAAAUAUUCGGUGCACGACGGAAGCCUGACCAUCCUCGGCAUCACCCGCGACGACAGGGGCGCGUAUACGUGCAGAGCCUACAGCGACCAGGGGGAGGUGCUUCACACCACCCGUUUGCUGGUGCAAGGGCCUCCGUUCAUCGUGUCCCCGCCAGAGAACGUCACUGUCAACAUAUCCCAGAAUGCAUUGUUCACCUGCCAAGCCGAAGCGUAUCCUGGCAACUUGACCUACACCUGGUUCUGGGAGGAGGAUAAUGUCUACUUCAAGAAUGAUCUGAAACUGCGAGUGCGCAUCCUCAUCGACGGCACCCUCAUCAUCUUCCGGGUCAAGCCCGAGGACGCGGGAAAAUACACGUGCGGCCCGAGCAACAGUCUGGGCAUCUCGCCCUCGGCGUCGGCCUACCUGACCGUUCAGUACCCGGCCCGAGUGAUCAAUAUGCCGCCAAUCAUCUACGUCCCCCGCAAACUGCCAGGCAUCAUCCGCUGCCCGGCCGACGCCAAUCCACCCGUGACGUCGGUGAAGUGGGAGAAGGACGGCUACCCUCUGCGAGUGGACAAGUACCCCGGCUGGAGCCUGACGCCGGACGGGAGCAUCCGGGUAGCCGAAGCCACCGAAGACUCCCUGGGCACCUACACCUGUGUGCCUUACAACGCCCUGGGUACCAUGGGCAUGUCCCCCCCUGCCACUCUGGUGCUAAAGGAUCCCCCUUACUUUAACGUGAGGCCUGGGGGGGAGUACCGACAGGAGGCCGGCAGAGAGUUAGUCAUCCCCUGUGCUGCUUCUGGAGACCCCGAUAUUCCCAGCAUCACUUGGAGGAAGGUUGGGAAGCCAAGCCGGAGCAAGCACAACAUCCUCCCGAGCGGCAGCUUACAGUUCAUGUCGCUCAGCAAGGAGGAUCAUGGCGAGUGGGAGUGUGUCGCGACCAACGUGGUCACGAGCAUCACUGCCAGUACCAAGAUCCUGGUCAUUGGCACCAGCCCACACGCUCCCGGCAACAUCCACGUUGUGCCCUCGACCACCUCCGCUAAUGUAUCCUGGGAAGCGGGCUACGAUGGCGGCUUCGAGCAGACUUUUUCCGUGUGGUACGGUCCAGUGUCAAAGAGAGUGGACUUCGGUCCACACGACUGGCAUUCCAUGCCGGUUUCUGGUGCUCAGACGUGGUUGCUGGUGCCAGGGCUGGAGGCUGGGACAGAGUAUCAGUUCAGCGUGCUGGCACAGAACAAGCUGGGCACAGGCCCAUUCAGCGAAGUUGUGACGGUCAACACUGCAGGCUCUCCUCUGGGUACCCCAGAACCACUGGUGCUUCUUACCCCACCACGGUGCCUCACCGCAAACCGUACUCAGCACGGUGUCCUCCUCACUUGGCUCCCCCCGGGCAACCACUCCUCUCCCAUCACCCGCUACAUCAUGGAGUUCCGCCUCGGGGAGCGAUGGGAGACCCUGGACGACCUGAUCCCGUCCACUGAGACUGAGCUAGUCGCCAGAGACCUGGUUCAGGAGUCCUGGUAUGAGUUUCGAGUGAUGGCAGUCAUGGAAGACUUGAUCAGCGAAAGCAGUAAUGUAGUGGGAGUGUCCAGCACGGAUCCCUUCCCCCCCGCGGAGGUGGCCGACGAGGGGCUGGCUCGCCCGUUGGUGGCGGGCGUGGUGGCAACGAUUUGUUUCUUGGCAGCGGCCGUUCUCUUCAGCACUCUGGCGGCGUGCUUCGUCAACAAGCAGCACCGGCGCAAGCUCAAACGCAAACCAGAUCCCCCCUUGUCCGUGACACACUUCAGGAAGAGCGUGGAAUCACCGCCUCCUCUCACCCCCUUGCCAGGGGUAGAGCCCUGCUGGGACGAGCCUGCCAGGAGCACUUUCUUGCCCCCGCCCGCCAGCCCCCUGUUGUCAUCAGGAAAGAUCAGCCCAGAGAGCUCGCCACCAUCCCGGCCUCGCUCCAUUUCUUCCGAGGGUUCCCACGGACCCGGGCUGUACGUCAGGAAACUGCCCAGCCCUCAGCGUGACAAGGACAAGGAGCUCUCCUUCUACAAGAAAACCAAGCGUGCCAUAGCCAGCAAGAAGUACAGCGUCUCCAAACACGAGGCCGAAAUCACCACGCCAAUCGAGCUGAUAUGCCGCGGCCCCGACGGCCGCUUCGUCAUGGAAACCAGCCCGCCGCCUCGUCGCAUCCAGGGCUUCCCCUUUGCCGAGGAGUCCGACCUGUACCCCGAGUUCCGGCAGUCCGACGAGGAGAACGAUUUCGACCCCGGGCCUCUGCCGCCCAUCAUGCCCACGCUGCGGCCCCAGCUGUCCCCGACAUCUUCCAGCCUGGAGUCCACGCAGCCCCCAACCUACAGCCCCCACCUGCACAGUGCCAUGGAAGGUAUGAGCUUCGCAGAGGGCGGCGCAAUCCACGCCUCGGGGCAGGCCCCGUCCGCUCGCUACAGGGGCUUCCCCCAGGGCCCCUUCUAUGGGUAUCUGGGCAGCCGCAUCGAAUCAGGGAUCCCGCCGCCAUUCUACAUGCCCGACGUCAGCCCGCAUAGCUCCGCUCUGUCCUCCCCGCCGGGCACCGCCGAGGGGCCCUUUGGCUAUCCCUCUAUCCCCGAGGAGAGCGGAGAGAUGGAGCACCAUCAGUACACCGCCUCCGGCCAUUCUCUGUCUCACAGCCCUCCCCCUCGCUCACCUGAAAGUUGGCAGCCUCACGCGUUACCCUUCCUGGGUCUGGAGGGUCCACGCUUCAUGUUCGCCUCGCACCAUCCUUUACAUCAUCCUCCGGACAUGGCCGAGCCGCCCUCGUACGCCUCUCACUCGCUCCCGCCCAGUCGCCUCCACCUUCCUCCCAUGACGGAUCCGACUAGCCCGAGACUCCUGCAGCUGGAGGUCCCCGUGGCUCCCCCGGGCAGAGCCGGGCCCCCGGGUCCUCCGGCUAGGCGUUUAGCUAUGCAACAGGCCCAAAGUCUCGGCCAGCUCAGACACACGGCCCACGGAGUGGGCGUACCAGUGUUGCCUUACCCUGACUCGGCAGCCCGCGCAGGGAGCCCAAGCACAGCCCCCAGUAGUAGCCCCCAGUCUUGGCUCAGCCCGAGGGCGGGGCGCCGAGCCGACCCCGGCCUGCCCCCCUUAGUGCUCCAACCCUCCCGCCUGUCCCCGCUCUCUCAAAGCCCGCUUAGCACCCAGCCGGGUUCUCCGGAUAUUCUCGUGCGCCCGCCUCCACGCCCCGGCAUCCUCCGCACCUCUCGGUCUCUGGAGAUGGCCGAGCUCAGCCUGCAGACCUCGGCCGCCGUCUCCCGGAGGUCCUCCCUGACCGCCUCGCCCACUUCGAGUCAGGGCGGCAAGCAGGCCGGCCCUGGUUACCACGCCGCCCACAUGUCCUACGCCUCCACGGCAGCCAGUUACCCCUCGCAGUCCCCCUCUCCCCCGUCGGAGGGCAGGGACGUUUUCGGGCAAAGGCCAUCCCAGAGAAGGACAGAGGAGGAGAUGCUACCCUCAGAACCUUCCCAGCUCCAGGUUUCAGCCUCAGGGGAGCCUCUAGGUGGGGCUAGCGAUGCUGCUGCUGGGUCUGAGAGUCUCCCGGCAUUGCUACACCACUGUAUCACUAAAGCUAAGGGAGUGGCCACCAACAAUAAUAACAACGCGACCUCUGCGAGGAGAACCGGUGCGACUCCCUCUCAGACCCAGCAGCCAUGUCAGACGCCCCACGGGGACGAGUUACUCGACCGAACGAGAAAACGGCAAACCAAGAAGAACCCCUAUCUCUAUUUGGCCUCCUUGCUGCAUCGCGGGCACUCCGAGGAAGACCAGACGGGCAUCCUGACCGGCGCCGACUCGGAGGGCCCCAAUUACGGGACCCUCCGCUGACCCGAGGGGCCUGCCAAGCUGUUGAACUCCAUUUCAAGCCCGCUGUGCCCCCCACCCCACCACCACAACCCAAUCUUAGUAUCAACCCGAUAGCUUUCGUAUGAUCUCUCGAGCUGAUGGGGGUUCCAACGGAGGCGUCGACGUGAGUACAUGAACAUUUAGUUUGGCUUCCCUCCAUCUCACUUGAAAAGAUAUAUCAUGUAUAUAAAUAGUCAAAACAAGGGAGUGAAGUUCCGUACUACAGUAAUAAAGACGUUUUUUUUUUCACUCACGCGGGAGGGGGCGGGCAAUGUGGUUCCAUAUAUUUUUUCCAGUGAUACAGUGUACUGUUAUGCCCGGUGCAACCACUCACCAACUUUUCCUACAAUACAAAUAGUGUCAGUAUUUAAACACAGGGUUCUUACCACCAAAUAUACCUCAGAGUAAACGCAGAGUUGCUGUAAUUCUUGUGGUAUACUGUACGUACUUGACCUUUUUACAUACGGAGAAGAAAAAAAAAGAAUAUUAAGGUUUGGGUCACGCGAUGUGCUCGUUUUUCUGUUUUGUUUUCCCCGACACGUUAGCUAGCGUAUGGUUCUCGCUAUUAGCUUGUGUUUAUUUAGCGGUACUAUCCACUUGAGACCGUGUCUUAAUGUGUCGAUGUUACGAGGACGGACUCGCCGACGGUCGGGAGGUUUUAGACGAACAGGGUGACCAAUCGUAAAAUGUUGACAUGGAUGAAUUUCACUUGGUGGCACAUCUGGAGGUGCCUUUUUUUGCCUUUGCGCUCGUCUUUUUUCUAGCUUCGACUUGCCUUUUCCGUCGCCUUCUCGCAUUAGUCUCGUCGGGAAGGACUCCAAUACUACUGUUCUGUUUUAUGCCAGAGAGGAAGCAUGACUCCUUUUUUGUUUUCUUUGUUGGCUUUUUAUAGUUUUCACCGCGCAUUUCCGAGUAGACGUGAAAUGCGCAGGGCUACCAAAAGGGAAAAAAAGGCAAAUAAAUAAACUAAUAAAUAAAAGUUCAUGCAGACGGAGUAAAGGUGCUGCAUGUUCAGUAGAAAUUUAGCAAGCAUACAAUUGCCUCAUAAAGCUGGAAAGUGCUAAAAGCAAUGAAUUCAAUACAGCGGACCCUCGGGACUCAAGUUAUGAAAGAAGUUCAACACAGUUUUUCACAAUCUUAAUAUAUAAUGAUCCAAGUCUAUAGAUAUUAUUGAUCACACACAUCUAAGACUUGACUAGACAGUCUGCUACUAGCUAAGCAGCACCUAGCGACACACAUAAAAACGUUAGCAUGGAAACUUUAACGAGAGCACGGCAUAAUUAAUGACGAUUAGCAUUGCGUUGAUUAGCAUAGCAUUGAAUUAUUGUGUGCAUCAAUAGGUAAUUCCCUGUAAAUGCAGAAACAGAGUAGCAGUGGCUCACUAGCAGCUAGUGCUAGCAACUGAGGCUAACGUCAACUCCACCAAAAAGUCUGAAAAUACAAAUAGUUGUAUGUAUAUCACGUCUUUGGCAAUGUUUUGAUGUUUUAUUACUGUCAUUUUCAUUUGUCUCUUUGGCUUAUCAUUAUGGAUACACAAAAAAAAAAGCCAAAGAAAACAAACGAACCACCCUAAAACAUCACAUUUGACUUCCGUCCAAGUCCCGGGGGUCCACUGUGCUUAACCGCAACCAACAGCACGACUGUUCAACAACCAUACAUUACUUUCCAGCUACUACUCUGUAUGUUUGUUAAUUUUCUAACACUAGCCGAUAAUGAAUGUACGUUUUUCGCUGUACAGGAAAUGAAUGUCGCGAUGUCGCAGUGCAUUGAAUGACCGUUGUUUUCUUCUUUUUUUGUUUUUUUUAAAGCGCAGCCUGCAUCCAGGCCAAAUCGUUCGGUACUGUUAGGCCCCUUUACGAGCUCUCUUUUCCUUUAAAUACUUUUUUCAAUCAUGCAAAUAUGCCACAGAUGAGAAGUCAAAGCUGAUGGUUGCCUGAAAGUGAGCACCCACGCAAAUCGGUAUAUGAAACGCAAAUUUAAGAAGAACGGAAAAAA